AAGAUCCAAGUAAAAGUUUGCUAAGACCGUCAGCCUUCAAGUCUCAUUUCGAAGCUCCAUACCCAACAUAGUUGCAUCAUUCGCAGACCUAAACUUCACGUCUACACACAGUCAUCAGAAAUGCGAUCCUCUACAGUCGUCGCCCUCUUCGCAGGUGCAGCGGCAGCCCAGUCGUCCACGGGCUCUGCUGCUACCGGAUCGUCCGCAGUUGUUGUGAAUGGGAUCAUGCCCGCACCCACUCUCACUGUGAUCGGGUCUAGCUCAGGCACCACGACCUAUGUCAACUCGUGCACUGGCGAAGGAAUUCCUGCUUCUUUCCUCACUCCCGAAGCGUCCGGCUCGGCAUCUUCAUCCUUGAUAUCAAGCGUGCGCUCUCCGGCAGGUACUCUUGCGAUGUCACCUAUCUCUGCGCCGGCAACUACAGCAGCCGCGCGUCUCCGCCGUCAGGAUGAUGGUGGUUUGUUCGGUGGUUUCUGUGAACCGAUUACCAUCAAGCAAGGCCCUUCGUCGGUCCAAAUUCACUUGGAGGACCCCACCAAGGGCGCAUGGACUGCCGACAUGAACUGCGCCUGGAAAGGAGAGCUCACAACUGCUGACUUGACAUGCACUGGUACCCAGAGCGGCACCUUCGCUGAGCUCAACUCGAUUGCGGGCGUGACAUCCGAGAUUAUCAAGGCAAGCGAUGCCAGUCAAUCUUCGAUGAUCCAGACUGUCAGCGUCGUCCAGCCAGCCUCCAACUCUGCAUCUCCUACAGCCUCUGUGUCUCAGUCUGACUCCGCCAACACCACGGCCUCUGGAUCGGGCACGGCUGCAGCGACCGGUGCUGCUGCUGGAACUCCUCUACCUGGAGGCAUGAUGGCUUUUGUUGCUGGUGCUGCUGGCAUGAUCGCUGCCGCGCUUACGCUGUAGGUAAGCGCUAGCUUUGUGAGAAAAUCGUGUUUUCGUGGGUCCACGGAGGCUGGUGUUGCAUCGCAAAAUCACUUGCACAUCGUCGC